CUCUUCCUGAAUCCCCCUCCUAAUCUCCCAAUCAUGCAGCCCUGGCAGCAACAACAACAACAACAGCAAUACCCCUACAAUGCCUUUCCCCCUCAACCCACCGGGUUCCAACCCCAACCCACUGGCUAUCUUCAAUCCGCUCAAACAGGUUUUCGUCCCCCUCCUCAACAACCACAACCCCAAGGGAACCUCUCAUUCCUCAACCAACCUCCUCCACAACAGACAAACUUGUCAUUCCUCAACCAACCACCAUCCUCAUUCCGCCCUUCAGGUCUCAACCCCCAACAGACGGGUUUCCCCGGGGGUGGAGCUAGUGGACUAUCGUCACAACCCACCGGCUACCCUGGUGGGGGAGCUAGCGGAUUGCUGCCACAACAAACCGGUUUCCCGGGUGGAGGUGUGAGUGGGUUGUUACCUCAACAAACCGGCUUCCAACCAGGUUUGUUAUCACAACCUACUGGAUUGAUGCCUCAACAGACAGGGUUCCUCAGGGCUCAACCCACCGGGUUUUACGAUACGAGAUUGCAGACGAUGACACAGAGUUUCAUGCCUAGUAAUUUAAGUCAGCCGUUCGCUCCCUCUGGAGUACCACAAUUCAACCCCACUCCCAACGCCCAACCGCUCACUCAGGCAUUCCAAUCCCUCCUCCAAAACCCUUCCGUCAAAACUCCCAAGGUCCCCUGGGCACUCAGUCGACAGGAGAAGAAAGACUACGAUCAGAUCUUUCGUGCAUGGGAUGUCAAGGGAGAUGGGUUCAUCACGGGUGAGAUGGCAAGAGAGGUCUUUGGUCAAAGUGGCUUGGGGCAGGAUGAUCUGAUGAAGGUUUGGAACCUGUCGGACGUCAGCAACAGGGGUAAACUCAACUUGCCAGAGUUCCAUGUCGCCAUGGGGUUGAUUUAUAGAGCUCUCAACGGCAACGACAUUCCAGAUACCCUCCCAGAGGAACUCGUUCCUGCUUCAAUGCGCGAUAUCGACACCACGGUUAAUUUCAUGCGGGACUUGCUCAAACAUGAAUCAUCCGCCCGAUCCAACGCCUCGUCACCAUCCUAUGGCUCCUCCAUCCCAGGUCCUGCAUCGAAAGACGCCACCAUGUACAAGCACGAUGACAACCGACCUUCCGGUUACAAACCGUCUUCUCGCCAUCUGGAUCGCAAGUCUGUCCGCUACGCCGGUGAAGAAAGUGCAGCGGAAAUCGGUGACAUUCGACGCCAGUUGGCCAACACCUCUGCUUUGCUCGAUCAGAGGAAUGACGAGUAUUCUCGGCGAUCAGCUGAAGAUGAAGAACUUGAGGCUGAAAAGGAGGACAUCCGUCGUAGGGUCCGGAGGAUUCAGGAGGAUAUCGAAUACGUCUCGAAAGGCCGGAAGACGGUAGAGAAAGAUGAAGAGCGUCGGAAGCUGGAAAGGGAGAUGUUAUUCCUCAUGCACGAAAAACUUCCGGAAUUGGAGAGAAAAGAAAAUCAACGAGAGGAAGACAAAAGGCGUGAGGAACGUGCGGGUGUGAGAGCUAGGGACAAGAGGAACGAAUCCCACGGUCGAUAUGGAUACGAAGAUGAUCGUGGAAGCGACUGGCUCCGUGGGUCUUACGAUCGUCGUGAUCGCAGUCGAGAACGUGAGAGGGACAGAGAUCGUGACAACUAUCACAAUGACAGAGACCGUAACCACGACCGGUACGACCGACGAGACAGCGAUGGCUACGGUCGAUCUAGUGAAAGAUCAAGAGACAGGGAAUAUGAUCGUAACGGUAGUAGAGACUCCAGACCUCGAUCUCCACCUGCUGUACGUUCUCCACCUCCCGCACCUCCUGCCCCAUCAAUCGCAGCACCUCCACCUCCCCCAGCUCCCACCUCGACGGCCGCGGCACCUUCGACCAAGAAUAUGACACCGGAACAACGCUCCGCUUUCAUCCGUGAACAAGCUCAGAAACGUAUUCAGGACCGUCUUCGCGCUCUGGGUGUAGAGUCGGCUCCGCCGGAACAGCCCGUGGUGGAUAAGAGUGUAGAAGAGAGACUAGAGAGAGAAAAGAAAGAAGCAGAAGCAAAGUCCGCGUCGGCUGAAAAAGAUCUGGAAGCGAGAGAAGAAGCUAGAAGACAGAGAUUGGGUUUAUCCACUCCCUCGGUCUCCACUGAAUCCCCGACUACUCCAGUUUCGACCGCGCCUCCUCCUCCUGCCCCACCUGCCUCUCGAGCUCCAGCAUCACCAGCACCUCUCAGGUCGGCCAUGAAGAAGCCUGCUGCUCCCCCAGCUCCGCCGUCUAGAAAAGGCCCUCCCGCGCCUGUUACUCGAGCUCCAGCUGUUUCUGCUCCCCCAGCUCCCCCAGCCCCUGUAGCUGCCUCUCGACCAGAUGAAGACCCUGAGGAGGUCGAACUACGUCAAAGAGAAGAAGCACGUCAAAAAGCCAUUGCGGACAGACGUGCUCGUCUCGCUCAGCUAGAGAAGGAAGAGGAAGAGGAGAGGAAAAAGGAAGAAGCUCUUCUUGCUGCUCGUCAAUCUCGCCAAACCGUGGCUUCUCCAAUCAAACCUCCCGUCGCACCCCCAGCGCCCGCUCCACCGGAAGCUCCCGCGCCGAGCCAUGCAGCGUCAAACGAAGGAUCCUACAACCCUUUCCGAAAGCCCGGCGCCGCUGCCACUCCUGGAGCUUCCUCCACCCCUGUAGCAUCGGGAGGCGGCUUCAAUCCUUUCUUCAAACCUCAAGCUACUCCUGCUGCUGCUUCUCCUCCCUCUGACGCUGCUCCUCCUCCUCAACCGCCUACACCGCCUGCUCCUCCUCCCCAAACCGCUCCCACGGCUUCUGCCACUUCCUUCGCCCCGUCAUCGCGAAGUACGCCGGUACAAAAGGAAGACGAAUGGGACGUCAUUCAGGAGAAGGAAGAAGCUGACUCUGAUUCCGAUUCCGAUUCCGACUAUGCUCAUUCACGGAACAAAAGAGGUGCCCUAGCUUCCGCUUUGUUCGGUGGUAUACUAGGUGGUGUGACCUCCCCUUCGACAUCGAGACCAUCUUCCACAGCCCCAGCUUCUGCUCCUCCACCGCCACCACCUCCUCCAGCACCUGCUCCCCCUGCCGCUCUGGCAAAUCUGGGUGGCGGUGAUCCCACCGCUGGUCGUGGAGCGUUGUUGAGCGCUAUAACGGGUGGUGCAAAAUUGCGCAAGGCUCAAACCGUAGAUAAGAGCAUUGUUCAAGGUGCAGGUGCUGUACUAGGUGAUGCCGCCCCUCCAAGUCAUAUCAACACUACACCAUCCCUCCCAUCUCCCACGAGAACUUCUGCGUCAGUCGCGAAGGAUUUGCCAUCACAGAAUAACUUCGAUGCCAAAAACGCCCCAAUGGAAGACCAUCAGGACAGAGAGAAUGGUGAUGAGGAUGAGUACAAACUUAGGAAUCUAAAUAGACAAUCGGUGGAUUGGUAUGCUGGUCUAGCUGCGGAUGUGCAUGCCAAUGGGAAUGGAUAUGAUGGUUCGGGAUUGAGUUCCACAGCGGAAGAAGAGGAAGUCAAGGAGAAUGGACAUGCGGGGGAUGAGUUGGACGAGUUUGAUUUGACAAAGACAAUCCGAGUACGCUCAAUGUACGCCUAUGAAGGUCAGCGUGACGUCGAUUUGUCUUUCAAGGAAAAUGUCGUCAUCGAGGCACAUCCCGCCAAAGACGCUUCGAGCGAUUGGUGGUAUGGUACUUUGAUCAACGAGGCAAAGACGGGCUGGUUCCCUCAUUCUUACGUUGAGGAGAUACAUGCCGUCCAAGCCAAGGCUCUUUAUCCUUACGAAGGUACCACUCCCGAAGAACUCCCCUUCCUGGCCGAUGACAUCCUUCUCGUGGUCGAUCACUCUGAACCUGAUUGGUGGAAGGUUGAAAAAGCAGGCACAAUCUUCCUGGUUCCCGCCAGUUAUAUGACUUUGAUGGUUCCCACAGCUGAGAGACGAGUAGAUGGUGAAGUAUCUCCUUCAGCUACUUUUCCUGCCCCUUCCCAUCCUCUCCCUCCUCAUGACGUCCUCUCUUCAUCCUCUAAUCCGAAACAUAUUCUCCCUCCCACAUCUGACCAUGAUAUUUCUUCUGAAGGUAAUCCUUCUGAUGAUCAUUUCGCAACAUCCUCCCUCGGCCGUGGUCGUUCUCCUUCCAUCCUCUCGGUCUCUUCAUCCUCUUCUUCUGACUCGGUACUGUCUUUUUGGUCCUCCGACGCGUCUUCUAUAUCAGAUCUCGAAUCGAACGAAGAGAGACAAGAAGAACGACGGCAAAAAGAAGACGAAAAGAAACGUCGAGAAAUCGAAAGAAGUAAGAUUAUGGAUGCAGCGGGUUUGAAGCUUCGUAGGGAACCGCCUGGGGUGCCGAUCCGACCGUCCGAACGGACCAGAAGGAGGCCUCCACCUGCUCCUGGCAGAGACAAGGUUCACCAUGACUAUGACUCUCUUCCAUCUCACACCGUUGGUGGAGCCGUCCCCAUUCUGGCGCAAACUGGGAAUAAUGCCACAGUCGACGUGAUUGGGUUGGAUAUGGAUAGAAAUGGGAAUGUAAGUAAAGGAGGAAGUAGGAGAGCUGCACCUGCUAUACCCUCACGUCCGACGAGUAUGUUCGAUACCGUUGCAGAUGUGAAAACUUCUCAUCGGAAUCGACUGUCAGAUUCUCAAAUACAUACCCAAACUCCCAGUAUUCAAGUAAAGGAUGUCGACGAAAGAACGUUCGACACUCGACAAGAGACUAACGACUACGAAACAAAUACAGCUCUUUUCAAGUACACCAAUAAUUCGGAAAAGAUAAGUCCACAACAAGACAAGUUUGAAGGUCAAGCGACUCAAGAUGCUUAUGCGAGAUACGAAAAAUAUCUAGCUUCAACUCUCUCUGCACCUUCUCCAAGACGACCUCGAUCAAAUUCCCGUUUAUCCAUUCAAACCACUGGAACCCCCACACUUACUACUCUCGGAGAUAGAGUCACGUCACCUCCUUCUCAUUUGACACAAAGUAGGUUGACGGGGUUAUUAGCAUGGAUGAAAACUACUUCUGCAGAUAGGAAAUCACCUUUACCAAUGAUAUCAGGUCCUAUUUCUCUCGAUGAGAAUCAUCCUUCUCAUAUAGCGACAGUGCAGGGAUUUGAUGAUGGGGAUGGGAAUCGGGAUGGAGAGAUGUUAGAUGGGGAAAGAGGAAGGAUGGAUGGAGAAGUUGGAAAGACUUGGAGUAGUUUGGUAGAAAAGGAUUUAUUAGAUAGUAUGAGUGAAAGGGAGAGAAAGAGACAAGAAGCUAUUUUUGAGUUUAUCGCUACGGAGAUAGGAUAUAAUCGUGAUUUACAGGUCGUGGUAGAGGUCUUUUACGCAGGUCUUAUGACUCGUAUACCCGAUCACCUCGAAACAAUCUUUACAAACAUCCAAGAUCUACUUUUGACCAAUACCGGUUUUCUUUCCGCUCUGGAACAACGUCAAAAGUCUUGUAGGUUAUACGUCGACACCAUUGGUGAUAUAUUGGAAGACUGGAUGCCGGCUAUGGGAGGUUACAUGACUUAUUGUGUUAAUCAACAUCGAGCUGCAAGAGAGUUGAUCGUUCUGAGAGAAAGUGAUGAGGGGUUGGCAGGAUGGUUGGAUAAGAUGAGAGAGGAGGAAGGAUUGGUCAGAGGAUUAGAUUUAUCAAGUUUUUUGUUAAUACCUAUGCAAAGAAUCACUAGAUAUCCUCUGUUGCUCAAGCAAAUUCUUCAUUACACCGAACCGGAUCAAGACAUCUCUUCAGUCGAAAGAGCACUUCGAAUCGUGGAGAGUAUAGUCGCUAGGAUAAACGAAGGUAUACGCGAGGUCGAGGGUCAAGAGACGUUGAAGAUGCUGAGUGAAGAUCUUUGGGUUGGUGGUGAGGGGCGACUGGACCUGACGGCACCUACAACCUUCCUCGGUCCUCGUCGAUUACUCAAAGAAGGCCAAGUGACAAAAGCCAAAUCGGGUCGGAAAUUGACUUUGGUAUUGUGUAAUGAUAUCUUGGUCUUGAUCGAAUCGAGAAAUUUGUAUCGUAUGCCUAUACCUUUACAUGAGGUUUCACUCCGACAUGCCAAAGAUGAUAGUUUUGCGUUAAAAGUUGAUUAUCGUAGAGGGGACGAUACGAUCCGUCUUCGAGCAACUUCCGCUCGACAAGCACAAGAAUGGGUACAACUCAUCACUGCCGCUCGUACCCGAGCUAUCGAAGCGAGGAGGAACGGUGGAGGUGUGGAAUAUCCCAUGUGAGGUGGUAUGUGUAAAAGCUAUAAACUUAUAAAUGAAUCGACGACGUAUCUGUCUGUCAACUCGGUGUGCAAGGGUGUACGUACAGUAUGGAUAAUGAUUCUUGAACUG